ACGUCACAACAUUUCAAGUAUCAUCCAGAUGCCUCGUUUGCUGAAUAGAAUUCUUUUUCGCUUUCCGCAUUAACCAUCGCUGACGGAACAGCGGUUUUAGAAAUCAGCCCAUCAUUUGAUUUCUUUUCUUAGUUGGAAAACUGGUGUUCUUAGAAUAAUCAAUUUUUUUUUCGUGGAAUACUGUGUAAGGAUUAUCGAUUAAAAUGGUAGAAGAACUUACAAGUGAACAAACUGAAAUGCUUAGAAAAGCAUUCGACAUGUUUGAUCGAGACAAGAAAGGCUGCAUUCAUACUAACAUGGUUGCCACAAUUUUAAGGACAUUGGGCCAAACAUUUGAAGAAAAAGAGUUGAAGGAUUUAAUAGAAGAGAUAGAUUCUGAUGGAAGCGGAGAGCUGGAAUUUGAUGAGUUUCUCACGUUAACAGCCCGCUAUCUUGUCGACGAAGAUUCGGAAGCUAUACAACAAGAGUUGCGAGAAGCGUUUCGGAUGUACGACAAAGAUGGAAACGGAUACAUCAAUGUCUCGGAUUUGAGAGAAAUUCUUCGAGCUCUGGAUGAUAACCUAACUGAGGAUGAACUGGAUGAAAUGAUACAAGAAAUUGAUACAGACGGCAGUGGUACUGUUGACUUUGACGAAUUCAUGGAAAUGAUGACAGGGGACUAAAUUAUAGCACCAAAAUUAUUUUGAUGACUUUGAAUGCAAACAAUAUGUUUUGAAAACAAAUAUAUUUUAUGUGUAAAGUACAUUUUUAAACCUCUCUGUGUCUAAAGAAGCAAUGAAAAUAAA